AUUUCCUAUCUGGGUUUUCGAAAUUAUCGAGCUUUCAUCUAUUUACAAGAGCUAGAUUCAUUGGAUUUGCCGCCUUCACCUUCGUCUUUUUUCUCAAUUCUUAAUCUUUAAGAUUCCAUUCGUAUUUGUGCCAAUUGAUUAUUUCAUUGUCCGGGUUUUUCGAAGAAGAGGCGUUAAAACUUAUAAUUAACAUCGGCCUUUUUAUUCUCUCGAUUGGUUGCAUUUGAUCGGUAGAGAGAAUUAGUAUAGUGCAAGGAUGAGGGAAAAGCUAGGUUUUUUCCUUUGUCUUUGGCUUUUGCUGUGUGUGUCUUGCUUUGGUGGAUUUGUUGUUGAGAAGAACAGCUUGAAAGUAACUUCGCCAGAUUCAGUGGAGGGGGUGUAUGAAUGUGCUAUUGGGAAUUUUGGGGUUCCUCAGUAUGGAGGGACUUUAGUUGGGACUGUGGUUUAUCCAAAAGAGAAUCAGAAAGCGUGCAAGGGAUUCAAUGAAGUUGAUAUCGCCUUCAAAUCAAAGUCUGGAGCUCUACCCACUUUUCUUCUUGCCGAUCGAGGAGAUUGUUACUUCACCCUGAAGGCCUGGAAUGCACAGAAUGGUGGAGCAGCAGCUAUUCUGGUUUCAGAUGACAGGAAUGAACCACUGAUUACGAUAGACACCCCUGAAGAAGAAAAUGAUAAAUAUCUGCAAAAUAUCAACAUUCCUUCAGCCCUUAUCAGCAAGUCAUUGGGAGACAGUAUCAAGAAGGCUCUGUCUGUUGGGGAGUUGGUUAACAUAAAUCUUGAUUGGAGAGAGGCUCUUCCACAUCGUGAUGAGCGUGUUGAAUAUGAGUUCUGGACAAACAGCAAUGAUGUGUGUGGGCCAACGUGUGACAGCCAGAUGGAGUUUGUCAGGAAUUUCAAAGGUGCAGCUCAGAUACUUGAGAAGAAGGGUUACACUCAAUUCACCCCACACUAUAUAACAUGGUAUUGCCCGGAAGCAUUCAUUCUGAGCAAACAAUGCAAAUCCCAGUGCAUAAACCACGGUAGGUACUGUGCUCCAGAUCCUGAGCAGGACUUUAGCAUUGGAUAUGCUGGAAAAGAUGUCGUGGUUGAAAAUCUGCGACAAGCUUGCUUCUUUAAAGUGGCCAACGAACGGGGAAAGCCAUGGCUUUGGUGGGAUUACGUCACCGACUUUGCAAUCCGUUGCCCAAUGAAGGAUAAGAAAUACACUAAACAGUGCGCAGAUAAAGUCAUCCAAUCUCUUGGUGUUGACCUCAAUAAGAUAGACAAGUGUAUAGGCGACACUGAGGCAGAUGUGGAAAACCCUGUUCUAAAAGCUGAACAAGAUGCCCAGAUUGGAAAAGGCUUUCGUGGGGAUGUGACUACACUGCCAACUCUUGUUGUUAACAACAAACAGUAUAGAGGUAAGUUGGAUAAAGGGCCAGUUCUUAAGGCUAUUUGUGCAGAUUUCGAAGAGACCACAAAACCGGCCAUAUGUUUUCAUCGGAGAUAUGCAUAUUUGAAGGAGACAGGAGAGGACUUCGACGAGGAGGGUACCUCGUUAGCAAGCAGUGUGGAUAUUGCAACUAAGCUAGAAAGGAUGGGACUGGGAGAAGAUCUUGAGGAGGAUAAGCGAGAGUAGAUGAAUAUCACCGCCCAGCACAAAGGUGAAUUCCUGCUAUAGCUACAGUUGCAUUUCAGGAAUUUAUUUAGAUUCCGAGAUUUCUUUUGGAUUUGCUGCUGCACUUUCGGCUGCUUGCCUUUUGCUUAUGCUUUUAGUGUUUUGGCCUGUGCUUGAGCUUUUUUUUUUUUUUUUUUG